AUGGAGCAGGAGCUGGAGCGUCUUAUUACGAAUUAUAAAGCUAGUGGAGUGGAUAAUAGAAUGGAAAAGGAAGUAAUUAAGGAGAUGACGGAUCGGCCGCUGAUGUUUCUACUUGGUAUUACAUUGGAAGCACAAGAAGUGGAAAAGAUUAUUGAUUACAUCAAUACUAGAAUAAUGAGUCAUAUUUAUGAAUGA